AUGCAUAUCAAACUCAUUCCCACUCUGGGGCUCAUACUCCCUCUCUUCACAGCAUUGGCGCAAGCAAACGUGGAAAAGACCAUCUUCCUUGCACCAGCACCAGCAGCCGUUCCCUCCGAGGAGCCAGAUCUCGACGACCUAGGUUUAGAGCGUCUAUCACCACAGAGGCCCGUGUUGCGCACUCGCCUCAAUGCCUCAUUCCCAUCGACUGCCGCACCCGGAGGUACGGACUCGUGGUUCUUCCUUGAGAACUUGAACCCGGGCCAGCGGUAUGAAGUACGAGUAUGCUGGUUAGCCACGCAACCAACAACAUUCACUCUCAACACCUACGCCCUCCCAAAAGAAAUCGAAGACGAAAGCCUCAUGUCUUCCCUGAGCGCAUACUCAGCAGCUCGGCUUGCAACGCUAGACACAAGUCUUCAAGCAAAUGCCAUCCCGCGCGGUGCUAGUUCGCAUGGUAGCAAAGAUCCGCUCGACCCUGCACCAACCAGUGACUCGGUCCUGUUCCUGCAUGUGCAAGCCGCAGCAGAUUAUUUUAGUACAGACCAAGCAUUCAUGCAGAAUGUUCCACCUGUGGCCGUGGACUUAAUUCUUGAUCCUUUCUUGUUCAAUGUUUUCCCGCGCUCGUUGGUGCCGACCGCUGGGUGGAUUGUACUUGUUACUGUUCUUGCGGUGGUGCUUGGGCGAUGGGCUGUGAAGGAGGUUGGGAGGGUUGUGAAUGAUGCUAGAAGGCAAAGUGUUUUGGAGGAGGUGAAGAAGAAAUGA